GAUAUUUCUGUUUCAUUCUAAGUUGUAAACAUCUAACGUUGAUGUCAGAUAAGGGGAACAUGGAAAGAGAUCGUAUUACACUGUAUAUGAAGCUGUGGUAUAAAAAGGUGAUAAAAAAAUGUAUUGUGUUCGUUGCUUCGAAAUCGAAAACCGAAGUGGAUAUACCGAGAGCUCCCUGUCAUUUAAUAUUAAACGAACAGCGUGACCUCAGGACUAACGGUACAAACAUAACAAACACCGGAUCGAGAGAAAGCGUUGAGGAUUUCCAGCGGAGUGAAAGCAACGGUCGCCAGUGCAACCGUAGCGUCGCGUCGAGCGGACGACAACAUAACCUCAACAUGUCUCUCGCCGUCGCUUCUGCGUUUAUUCUUACCAGUGCUGCUGCCAUUUACUGGUACGUCAACCGGCACAAACCCUUGAAGUACAUCCUGAGCGAGCUGAGAUACGCGAUAGACAUGCAAGGCGCAGGCGUCGGCGGCCUUAUCGACGACUGGGUCAACAUAAGGAGGAACAGAAUUGUGUUGCCAGACGCGGGACGGAAAAUUGCCGUCGUCACCGGCGGCGCCCGCGGAAUCGGAUCCGAAGUUGUAAGAGGAUUAUUGAAAUCGAAUGUUUUUGUUAUUGCUGGAGUAAGAAAACCUGAAUCUAUGAAAAAAUUGGCGGACAAUAUGGAAAAUGGAGAGAAUUUAAUAGCUUUUCCCUUGGAUUUGCAGUCACUAAAAUCUGUUAAGCAAUUUGCACAGAAUGUGAUGGACAGAUUUCCUACGAUUCAUUUUCUUGUCAACAAUGCUGGAAUCAUGUAUGGGGACUAUCAUGUGACUGAGGAUGGUUUUGAGAAUCAGCUGGCUGUUAAUCAUCUCAGCCAUUUCUACUUGACUCAUUUAUUGUUGCCAGCAUUAAAAAGGGGCGGUACUAUCGGGGAGGCGGCGAGAGUUGUAAAUGUGAGUUCAUGCGCGCACUAUCCCGGUCAGAUCUACUUUGAUGACAUCAAUAUGAAGGAGCACUUUGACACAACAGCUGCAUAUGCACAGUCCAAACUAGCCCAGUUGAUGAGCGCAAGAUACAUCAAUAAGAUGCUUGAAGAAGAUGGGUGUGCAGUCAACGCCUAUUCUGUUCAUCCAGGAAUUGUUGACACUGACUUAUUUGAGAAGACUAUGUUUAAGAAAGCAUUCCCCUGGGCCAUGAAACUGUUCUUUAAGACACCAGCUAAAGGCGCUGUGCCAAUACUUUUUGCUUGCUUCGACAAAUCUAUAGAGAGAAGAGGAGGGCUGUAUAUAAGUAAUUGUACUGAAGGUAUCAGUAAUAAGUUUUCAAAGAAAUUAGAUCAUCAAAAGAAAUUAUUUGAAAUUUCUUGUGAAUUAGUAGGUAUUGAAGUAAACAAUUUUGGUAAAGCAUGAGUCUAGUCAUAGUCUAUAUUUUAGGCAAAAUGUAAUACUCUUUAAAUGACACUAAAGACUUAAUCAUAAAACAAACAAAAUAUUUAUGACUUUAUAUUUAAGUAAAAUAAAUUUUCAAUAAAAUAUAUUUA